AAUACCACUAGCACUGUUUCAAAUAGUACCAAGGUCGCUGGAUGGAUCUACUUGCUAAUUUUAAUGACUUAGAAGAGUGUUUAAUAUCCGAUGAUCUUUUCGAAAAUUACUUCAAUUAUUUCCUGUCGCUUCCGGUUAGAAAUACAUUUUCAGUAUAAACAGUAUAUUUAUAACAGGUUUUUUCGCUUAAGUUACAGUACAAUAGACUAAGUGGUGAAUUUACCCUCACGGAUUCGCAUGAACUUGAUACCAAAGAGUCAUCACGUUUGGGUCUUUCAGAAGAAGAUCGAGAACGCGUUAUUAAAUGGGCUGAGUCGGAACGUCUUCCAUACUUUAUGCGGAGUGAUAUUUACAGGGAACUACUACUAUGCAAGUUCUUGAUAGCUCCACUUGAACUGAAUACUGAUCUCAUCGAUUAUUGGGAGCCGUUCAGUGCAGAUUUAGCUAGCACUUUAGGUUGUCAUCCUGGAGUUAGUAGGCAUACUUAUACUUCCUGGACGACAGAUCUCAGCACUUAUGAUGAUGAAACGGAAAGCAGUUAUGAUUACAAUUCUGAAAAAGAUAGUAAAUCUACUCCAAUAAACAGUAACCAGUCAACUGAUGAAACUCCUAAUAUAGUCAAGGAAUCUGUCAGUUAUGAGUCUUUCGAUACAGUAAAAUCGGAAAGAAGAAAAAGUCGUGAAUACUCAAAGUAUUUUAAAACUAGGAGAUUAACCAUGUUUGAAUGUAAUCUAGGAAAAAUGAAUGAUCUAAAUCGUCCAAGUCCAUUAAUUGAACAAACUAGUUGUGAUGAAAAUAGUCAUACAACAAGUAAUAAUAAUAAUAAUAAUGAUAUUAACAAAAAAUAUCGACGUCAAUCAGAACCAAUUAAAUCAUUGAAUUAUUAUUAUUAUCAUCCAUAUUCUUAUUCUAAAAAUGAUCCAUUCAAAACUAUUGAACAGAUUCAACAAAGUUUAAAACAAUUAAAUGAGGGAAAAUUAAAUUCAAAUAAAACAAGUUCAACUACUACUACUACUACUACUACUAAUAAUAAUAGUAGUAGUAGUAGUAAGAAAUCAAAAUCUCUCAUAUUUAAUAUUGAUAAUAAUAGUGAUAAUUGUAAUAGUAAUAGUAAUGGUGAUAGUAAUGAUAGUACAAAAAGUAUUUUAUAUGAUGAAAUCGAUGAAAAGAGUAUAUUUCAUGAAAUUCAAGCAAUGGAACAAAGACAAAAUAUACCGAUGCAACAAUUAAAAGAAUUAUUAUUAUCAUCUCGUGAUGGAAUGAAAGACUUUAUGGCUUUUCUAGUGACAACUAAUGGAAUACAUCUUGUUGAUUUUUGGUUAGAUUGUGAAGCAAUUAAAAUGAUUUCAUCUAUGCAGAAUUCAAGUUAUGAAAGUAUUAAAUUAAAAUUUACUUUAUUACGUGAUCUUGAAGAUCGUUACCUUCUUCAAUUAACAUCUAAAGCACGUGAAAAAUUAUUUACAUCAAUAAAUACAAUUUCAGAUUAUUUUUUAACAAAUCGCCAUGAUAAAAAUAAUAAUCCUAAUGAAUCUUAUUUAUAUCAACUUGGUAAUAUGAUGUUUGAUUGUGUACAAUAUGAUUGUUUACGUCGUUUAAGAUAUUAUUGGUUACCAAGAUGGUUAUUACAUUGGGAAAGAAUAAUCAAUAAUUGUCAAUUUUUACCAAAUCAAUAUGGUGGUUCUAAUUUAUUUUAUAUACCAUCAUAUUGUUCAUUAAUUAGAUCAAAUCACACAUCAUCAUCUAAUGCAUGUACAGAAAAUGUAUCAAUAAAUAGUUCUGAUAUUGAACAAGAUAAUGAUCUUGAUCUUAUGGAUCAUUACAAUCAUCAUAAUGAUCAUGAUCCUAAUGAUCAAUAUGAAGAAUAUCAAUCUAAUGAAGUAUUUAAAGAUAAUGAUACUACUGUAAACGGUCAUUGUUUAUUACAAACAACUGAAAAAACAAUAAAGGUAUCUAAUGAUGAAAAAUCCUGGAAUAAAGAAAUCUAUGAUCUAAUUAUUAAAAAUGCUUUAACAAAAAAUGGUCUUAUUCAAUCAGAUCAUAAUAGAGACAUAUUAAGAAAUAUGCCAAAACAACGUUUAUUAUCAUAUGCUCCAUCAUCUACAUUGAAUUCAUCUCAUAGAAAUAUAAAAUUAUCUCGAAUGUCCAGUAGUACUAUUACAACCAGUACUACCAGUACUACUACAACUAAAUAUACAUCAAAUAUACCAUUCUUUAAACGAUUAAAUAUAUCAUGGACAAUACCCUAUAAUCCAAAUGAUGUGAUUGGUUUAAAAUUAUAUCCUGGUUUAAAAUGGGAACAUUUAAAAAAAAUCAAUAAUUGUCAAUUAUUAUCCUCCUCCUCGAUACAAAUGGAUAUCAUCAAUAAUUCAAUCAAUUAUAAUCAUUCCAUUAUAAUUGAUUCAUUGAUAUCUACAUUAGGAAUAAAUAAUAGUGAUCAUCUUAAUGAGAAUCAUAAAAUGACAUCAUCAUUUAAACAAGAUUUCAUGAAUAAGAAAAAGAUGGAAUCUUCUUCAAAUAGGGAAAAAUUAAUUUCGUUCAUACAUUCAAAAGAAAAGAAAAGUUCAGUGGAAGAAAUGUUAAAGAAAAAAUGUUUAAUAGCAAUACAUGGUGAUGCAGCAUCUGGUGGUCCAUUUCAAUUUUAUUUAGAAAGAAAUGGUUUAGAAAGACAAAAUCGUAUACUUGGAUUUUUACAAGCUAUUUAUGAUUAUUCUAGACAAAAUUUAAGUCUAAUGGCUAAUCGUUUUACUAAACUAACAAAAAUUUGGUAUAUUGUAAAUAAUUUUCUAAGAUCAAAUAGUCGUUGGAGUAUAGAUAUUGAUUCAUCAUUAGUGAAAUCAAUCAUUGAAGUCAUUCAAGCCAAAAAAGAUACAACUCCUGUUCAAAUAUUCGACACAGUGAAAAAUAUUUGUUUACAUGAAAUCUAUCCAUUUUGGAUUGAAUAUAUGAAAUCUGAUGCUUUUCAAUUUGUUUAUGCUUCACAUAAAAGUAAAAAUGAAGAUUAUAUGAUGCCUAAAUCAUCGAAUGAUUUUGAUGUACUGUUGGAUGAGAAUUCUAACUUGAUAGUACAACGUAAACCAAUAGAAAUUCCACCAACAAAUACAUCAUCUGAUCAGCUUAAACGGUCAUAUAGUUGGGAUCAUUUAACACCUUCCGAAAAAGAAGAACGUAUUCGAAUGAAAUUAGAACAAGUUAGAAUAACUGAGAAAGAACGAAGAAAAGCUGUUCUAGCUGCACGAAAACGUCAACGUGAAGCAUUAAAACCUAAAAAACAAGACAGCUCAUUAUCAGGAUUGGUCAAGUUAACCGAGUCUGAUGAAGAAACUCGAUUAAUAAAACAAACAGAAAAUCAAUUAGAAUCACAAUCAAGAAGAAUAUCAAAUCAAGUAUUCAACUUGAAAUCUAUGCUUGAUAAUAAAUUAUUAAUUUCAAUGUUUCAAGAAUGGCUUAAAACAUUGGACCAAUCAGAAUUCAAUUAUAAUUCAUCAAAUAAUUUAGCAUUUAUUUUAGAAGUAAAUCAAUAUUUGACAAUCACCAAAAAUCAAUUAAAUAUGGAAAAACUUAAACAGCGAAUCGAUAAAGCUAAUUAUAUUUAUGAUAAUUAUCUACGUACAUCAUGUGAAAAGCCAAUAGAAUUGCCAGAAAAAUUUAUCAAACGAUUAGAUCAAGAAAAAGAUCGUCCAACAUCAGCUACAUUAAAAGGCCUCCGAGAUCAUCAUUUAAACAAUCUCUAUUCCUUGUUUAAUGAAUUUUUAAAUGUAACAGCUAAAAAGCUUGGUUUAUCAGUGUCUCAACUUUGCCAAAUGCCUGAAAUUGAAUUAGCCCCAUUAGUUGUAACUCCAAAAACACUUAGCCAGGCUUCAGAAACAAAACAGAAAUUUUCUAUUAAAAUGAGACCAAUGUUAGAAGAUAAAGAAGAAUUAUCAAAAUUAUUAAAACGUGCAGCUUUUCAACCGCCUGAUUUUAAAUUAAUAUUAUUCUAUCAGUAUUUAGUUGAUUAUGGAUUCAAAGAAAAUUGUCCAUUAAUUGAUCAAGAUUUGAUAUUUCAUAUUGAAAUUUUACGUUUUGAAGAACUUCAUCGUGGUCAUGUUGAACAUAGUUUAAUAAGGAAAAAGGUUUUAUGUAUUUUGCAAACAUUUUUAGAAUCUGUUUUUCCACCACAAAUUCAAAUUGGCCUACCAAAUGAAGUUAUUAAUCGAUUAGUUGGGAGAAUACAUCGUCAAACUGAUCAUAAAGGUCCUAUAAGUUUAAACUUAUUUGACGAAGCAGUUAGGUUAACUUUCAAUGAAAUUUUACCAUUUUGGGCUGGAUUCAAAAGAAAUAUUUUAUGUAAAUCAGGCAGCACACAAUCACGAAUCCAGUCAACAAUGAAAUCGGAUUAUCAGCAAAUACAUGGAACACCUUGGUUGUCUAGUCCAUUGACUUACAAGUAUCACGAGGUAUUAGAAAACCGUUUAAAAGCACAUCAAGAUUGGAAGUUACCGUCAACAGAAAUACAACUUCCCAAUAUGCCACAUGAUAAGGAGGCAAAUUCCUUCACUUAUUCAAUACGAAAAGGUGUAGAUUGGCAAAAUGUUGGACAUUGAUUACCCAAUAUAUCCCAUUGUUUUACUUGAGCCAUGGUAGCAAAUUAGAUUACCAGAAUUACGUUUAAAAUCCUUUCAUAUAACUGACAUUUUUUAUAGACAAAGUUGUAUUACAGUUAAUUAAAAUAAAGAGACGAUUCGGCU